ACUACAAAAUAGCUUUGAAGGUCACAGGAAUCUCUUCUACUGAGUUUACUAGGGGGCAGAAAUGCGUGAUUAUAAUCUCUCUCCGCUCCUCACGCCGAUCUGUUCAGCUCUGUUAUGAUAGGAUUAAGCGGCCACAUGACCGCCCGCUCUGAGCGCCCCGCCUCGGCGCUGCUCGCCUCAGUCCUGCAGGAGAGCGCUGAGAGAAACUGUUGCGGUUCGAGCGCCUUUUUACUGUCGUUCUCCGUGCUGAUAAAGAAAGACGCGUAUAUUCGUACACAUGGACAGAAACAUAUAACCGUUGGCGAGGAAACUUCUGCGUUUUGUUUUUUUCCCCUGUUGGUCAUAAAGGCGCGUCAGGUAGGCCUACUUAUGGAGAAAUUUGCAGACAUGGAUGCAAAUCAGGAUUUGGAGUGUGAUGAUCUCCUCGAGCUGAAUCAGUUCGACGGGCUGCCUUUUUCAUCUCGAUAUUACAAACUGCUUAGGGAGAGAAAAGCACUCUCGGUUUGGGGAGCCAAGUGCGAGUUCAUGGACUCUAUCAUCAACAAUCAGCUUGUCAUUGUCAGUGGCACAGCUAAAACUGGACAAAGUACUCAGAUCCCUCAGUGGUGUGCAGAAUUUUGCCUGUCCGUGCAGUACCAGAACGGCAUGGUGGUCUGCACUCAGAUCCACCGACAGAGCACAGUGGAGCUGGCCCUGCGUGUGGCUGACGAAAUGGAUGUGAACAUUGGUCAUGAGGUGGGGUACAGUGUCCCCCUUCAGACCUGCUGCUCCACUGACACUGUGCUUAGGUACUGCACUGAUGAUGUGUUGCUUCGUGAGAUGAUGUCGGACCCUCUGCUAGAGCAGUACGGGGUGGUGGUGAUUGAUCAGGCUCAGGAGCGCACUGUGAGCACGGACCUCCUACUUGGCCUGCUCAAAGACGUACUCCUCUCACGGCCUGAACUUCGUCUGGUCAUCAUCACUGCCCCACACUCUUCCGACAAGCUACUGCGCCACUAUGGAAACGUCCCCCUAAUCCAGCUAGAAGCAACAUGGCCAUCUGAGGUGGUGUAUGGCACUGAAAGAGGAGGUGUGAAGGAUUAUCUAUGUUCCACUCUUCGACUAGCUAUGGAGAUCCACCAGACUCAAGAGCAUGGAGACAUUGUCGCAUUUCUGGCUACUGAGCAAGAGAUUGAAUGCGCUUAUGCCAUCUUGCGGAGGGAAGGGGCUAGUCUGGCUUCUUCAUUAGGUGAGCUAGUGCCCAUGUCCCUCUGUCCAGAGCAAGGAGACAGCCUACCUAUGCACACUGAGGAGGACAGCAAGUGCAGGAGAGUUUUUCUCACCUGCGGCCCCACUGAAGACCUGUUCUGGGCCCUCCAUAGCAUUCGCUUCAUCAUCGAUGCUGGAGUACAAAAGAGAUAUGUGUACAACCCUCGAAUCAGAGCCAACUCCAUUGUCAUUCGUCCAAUCAGCAAGAGCCAAGCAGAGAGCCGCAAACAGCUGGUUGAACCUACAGGGAAGUGUUUUUGUUUGUAUCCGGAGGCCACACCCCUUUCUGCUGAAAGUGUUCCUCACAUCCUAGAGUCUGACAUCACUUCCACUGUGCUUUUCCUCAAGAGGAUGGAGAUUGCUGGCCUUGGCCACUGUGACUUCAUCGAUAGGCCAGAUCCUGAGGGUCUCAUGCAGGCUUUAGAAGAACUGGAUUACCUAGCAGCUCUGGAUGAUGAUGGAAAUCUGUCAGAGAUUGGGAUAAUAAUGUCUGAAUUUCCUCUGGAGCCUCAGAUGGCUAAGACUCUGCUGGCAUCCUGCGAGUUUGACUGCGUGAAUGAGGUUUUGACCAUCGUUGCCAUGUUAACAGCUCCAAGCUGUUUCCUGGCCCCUCCUGUGGAGUUCAAACAGGAGGCUUUGGAGCGCCAUCAAAGCUUCCAUCAUGCUGAGGGCGACCACUUUACCCUCAUUAACGUUUACAAUGCCUACAAACACAGCCAGUACAGCUCAUAUUCCAGCAUAGAGCGCUGGUGUGAUGAUCAUUUCCUCAGUCUAACUGCUCUACAAACCGCUGAUGCAGUUCAAGCAGAGCUUAUUGAGAUCCUGAAACGGAUAGAGCUACCAGUAUCCUCACCAGCUUUUGGCUCCAAGACCAACACGCUGAACAUCAAGCGAGCCCUGCUGGCCGGCUUCUUCAUGCAGGUUGCCAGGGAUAUUGAUGGGACAGGGAAUUACUUCAUGCUUACCCACAAACAUGUGGCUCAGAUCCACCCUCUUUCUGGCUAUGGAGCCGAGCCCCCCAAGCUGAAGCUUCCGGAGUGGGUUCUUUACCAUGAGCACAUGCUGUCUGAAAAUAACUGCAUUAGAACAGUCACGGAGAUUUCAGCACACGAGUUCAUCCAGAUGGCUCCUCAGUAUUUCUUCUACAACCUGCCCCCUAGUGAGAGCAAGGAGAUACUGCAGCACAUCAUAGAUCACGGCUCUGCUACUCCAUGUAAGGGCAAGAGAAAGCCCCAGACCCUAAGCAACAGCUCCAGCGAAGAGCAGUCUUAUGAACGUUGCAUCAUACAGUAACUAUGGAAAAAGUGUCAUGUCAUGCAGUUACCUUUACAUGUCAGGCCUGUUACCAAGAAAAUGUAGAGGAGUCUCUGUUAAAAGAUUAAAAACAUGGCUUAAUUGUUACUAAGUGAUGCUAAUGGUACAGUGUAGGCUUGUAUGGUUUAAAGGCAUAUUUACAGGCCUCUAGAAGCAGCAUCAGUAAGAUGCACUGCUGUGGGAUUAAGGAACAGGGAAAAUAUAUUUUAAACGUUUGACUACUGCUAUGCAGUAGCUACGGCAGUACUGUACAGUACAGCUGUUGCAAACUAUUUACUUCCUUUCUUAAAGUCUGAAACUGUCACUACUAGUUAGCCUCUGGGUAUCAUAUGUACAGAAGCAGUAGAAUGUUUUAGAUUUCAUGAAAAAAAUGAUGAUAGUAUUAGAUGUGGGCUCAUAUUUUCAGGGUUUCUUGUUACUGGCAUCUUUGGCAUUGGUGUAAAAAUAGGUUUAAAUAAUAUAUUUGUAUCAUGCUCUGUCAGCCGACAUGUUUAUGUAUUUAUUUGUAAGCUAAUGCUAUGCUAAUAUGUUUUUGAUAUUAACUUGCACCUUGGAAAUAAAUCAGCACAUGUUAGUGUG